GUUGCGCCUCUGGGUUUAGAAACUCUGUGAUAGAGAGUGAGUUAAGCUAGUUGGUAGACUAGCAUGUUAGUAAAGAAAGUACUUCGCUGCAAAUGUUUGAUAAAGAUAUUGGCCUAUACAGUCCUGUGACAUUUAACGAAGACGGAGGGCUUAUUUUUAAGUGUCGGACAAGAAACGGACGACUGGCAAGCUGGUAACGUUACAUUACAGGUGUCCUGCUGCGAUGUCAAGGCGGAGCAGAAACAGCCGGGCGUGGCGUUACGUGUGGAGUGGAAUACGGCGAGACGCUGAUUCCCGGGCGCUGGUACUGUCCUCAGAGAGUGAGGAGUGGGGCUACGAACGCUUACAGUACAGUGACUCAGACUCUGAGCCAGACUACCGGCCCGUGGUGCCACCGGUCCCCAGUGCCGUGCCCGUUACCGGAGAGUCGUACUGCACCUGCGACUCCCAGGCCGAGCCCAGCUACAACCCACGUCUCCAGGGCUUCCACCGCAUCAAAGACUGCCACUGUGGAGAGGAAGACCAGGACUUCGACUGGGUGUGGGACGACAGUAACCGCUCCACGGCCACGUUGAUGACCUGCGACAACCGCAAAGUCAACUUCCACACGGAGUACAGCUGCGGCACAGCAGCCAUCAGAGGCUCCAAGGAGCUGGCAGAUGGACAGCACUUCUGGGAGAUCAAGAUGACAUCACCAGUGUACGGGACAGAUAUGAUGGUAGGCAUCGGAACCUGUGACGUGAACCUAGAUAAGUACAGACAUACCUUCUGCAGCCUGUUGGGGAAGGAUGACGACAGCUGGGGUCUCUCCUACACUGGUCUGUUGCAUCAUAAAGGAGACAAGGUGAACUUCUCGUCACGUUUCGGCCAGGGCUCCAUCAUCGGAGUGCACCUGGACACAUGGCACGGAACACUCACCUUCUUUAAGAACCGCAAGUGCAUAGGAGUGGCGGCUACGGAGCUACAGAACAAGCGUUUCUACCCCAUGGCGUGUUCCACAGCAGCCAAGAGCAGCAUGAAGGUGAUCCGCUCCUGCUUCACGCCCACCUCCCUGCAGUACCUGUGCUGUGCCCGCCUCCGCCAGCUCCUCCCAGAGCGCCCAGACACCCUGAGCGUACUGCCGCUGCCCCCUGGCCUGCGCCACCUGCUACACAAUAAGCUGGGCUGGGUCCUCAGCCUCAACAACGGCCUCUUAGGGGCCCCAGCGGGGGAGGAAGGGAGAGGGGGGGCCUCGGGGUCUGACUCGCCCCCUGUGCCCCCCUUGGCUGGGGCCUUGUCCUCUGAAAGUGAUGACUCUGAGGGGUGUUCGUCGGACCGUGAGGCGUGUCAGAGGAAGAGAUGUCGUUGGACGUGACGGGAAUCCGACGCGACCCCCAAUAUAAACACAUGGGGUGCAUCCUAAAUGACACCCUAUUCCCUAUAUAGUGCAAUACUUUUGACCAGGGCCCAUAUGGCUCUGGUCAAAGGCCCAUAGGACUCUGGUCAAUAGGGUGCCAUUUGGAUGCAGCCAUGAACUGGACUGGAUCCCUGCCCCCUCCCUGAGACACACUCAAGUUAUAACCCCUUACACACACACACACACACAUACGCACGCACAUGUUACCGUUAAUGGGUGAUCCCAGGACCUGGGGACAGUGUUGUGGGAACAUUUUAAUCAAGAUCAAACAAAUGUGGCACUAAGACCUAUGGCCAAACUUCAGUGUACAUUAACAGUAUAUGCAACAACAAUGAUGACAUGGAAUCAAUGAAAAGAGAACAAGUGCAGCAUUAUGUGGAUUGUCACCACGCUUUCUCCUUGUACAUGAAAGGUUGGUUGGAUUGCUAUAGGAGUGGCCCAAAAGGCCCUAUUUUAAGUUAUUUUUUAGCUGACUGAAUUGUCACAAUUCUCUAAGACAUUUAUUUGUUACUUUUUUCUUCCCUCUUUGAUGUGCCUUUGUCUGGUCCUGGCACGAAAAUCCAAACAAUCCAUGUUACAUUAUUAAUGCAAGGCGUAAAUAAGACAAGACUCGCCUUCCAAAUUGGACAUUUUCUAAAUAGGAAAAAAGGCCUGCUUAGGAGGUGGUCUUGGUCAGAUUUCUUGCAUGUAAAACAUGACAUUCAACAACUAUCCUAGCUGGAAGACCCGUCCCUAGAUCAAUGUCGAUGGAGUCUGUCUGUCCAAUGGUUAAAUUGAUGCAAAUUUGGCGAGAGCUUGCGUUUGUUUGUCAGCAGCUGUUCUCUUCUGAAAUCAUAACUUCAUUAGGCUGCCAUUAACACUGGAAUUGAAUCAAAGUUUUGGAAAAUCUAUGGGAAAAUGUCUGUUCUUGCUCUGCAAGAAUACACAGUUCAAGUAAUCAGUUUGACAGUUUUGAAUACUUAGUGAAACAAAGUUAUUUUGUUGUUAAUCAACAGAUUGGUUUCGGAGCAGGAACAAUGUUUAUUAUUUUAUUUAGAUCAGCUUGACAAUGUAUUUCCCUGAAUUAUUUUUGUCAUAUCGUCACCAGACAUGGCAUCAACCUGUUUUUUGUGUGUUUUUUUAAACUAGAUGUUUAAGGGGGGGGGGGGUUCUGAUUUGUUCCACUCAAUACUGCUGUCAUAUUAGAUAUGGGUUGGGGGAGUGAUGACUGUUACACAUACACUCUGUUGAACUGUGUGUUGUCACCCACCGUUCUUAUACUGACCUUCCUGUAAUGCUCUCCUUUAUGGUUGACUCAUUGUGUCUGUUAGUCAGACAGACCGUUGGUUUUGUUGUCAUGUGCAUUUCAAAUCAAAUCGAAUCAAGUUACAUUUUAUUUGCAACAUUCGCCAAAUACAACAGGUGUAGACAUUACAGUGAAAUGCUUACUUACAAGCCCUUAACCAACA